AACUUCAACUCCAACCAAACAAAACUCUAAACAAACAGAUACCAUACGAUUGAAGUACUCCAACCCCAUCCUACGGUCCACAUAAAACCACACCUAAAUUUCAUCAACCCAUCUCUCUAGAACCUCACUGCUCGCAAGUCGCUACUCUUAUCCCUCCCUCCUAUUUCGUUCUCUGUGCUUCAAUGGCCACUGUCCUCAAAACGCCGCCGUUGAAGGCGCCACUCACGCCACGACUACUCAGCAAUGGUGUUUCCGUAAGUUCCUCCGUUCCCUUCUGUCUCCCACUUCGACAUAGAAGCAUUAUCACCAAACUUUCCGCUUCUAGUUUUCUCCCGUUCGCCCUCAAAUCGUCUCCCCGGUUCGUAAAAUUUGUCCCUUUCUCUUCUCAAGGAGAAACUGAAACGGCUGAGACCCAAGAGACGAUUCAGGAACCAGAAGUCCAGGAUUCUUCAGACGAUGCUGUUGGGGUGGAAGAUGGUGCUGAUCAGGUGGAAGAUAGUGCCAGCAGUGAAGAAGUUGAUGCUAAGGAAGUUGCUCCUUCAAUUAUCAUGGCUUCUCUCCAGUCAUAUAAAGAAGCUUUGGCAAGUAAUAAUGAGUCCCAAAUUGCUGAGAUAGAGGCUUUUCUCAAAUCUUUUGAAGAUGAAAAAAUUGAACUUGAAAGGAAGGUUGCAAGUUUGACUGAAGAACUAUCAAUAGAAAAAGAUCGGGUUCUCAGGAUCAGUGCAGACUUUGAUAAUUUCCGAAAGAGGACAGAAAGGGAAAGGCUUUCAUUGGUAUCAAAUGCACAAGGAGAACUUGUGGAGAGUUUGUUGCCUGUUUUGGAUAAUUUCGAGAGAGCGAAAUCACAAAUUAAACUCGAGACCGAAGGAGAAGAGAAGAUCAGUAACAGUUAUCAGAGCAUAUACAAGCAAUUUGUGGAAAUUCUGGGUUCACUUGGUGUUGUCCCUGUGGAGACGAUAGGGCACCCAUUUGAUCCACUGCUGCAUGAAGCGAUUAUGCGAGAGGAUUCGACGGAAUAUGAAGAGGGUAUCAUACUUGAGGAAUUUCGCAAGGGGUUCAAGCUUGGUGAUAGACUCUUGCGUCCAUCAAUGGUGAAAGUAUCAGCUGGUCCAGGUCCUGCAAAACCUGAACAAGAAGCAUCAUCAGGUGGAGAAGAUGAUACUGAAAAUGAAACUAGUGAAGGCGACAACAAAGAACCAGAGUCUUCUUAAAAGACACGAUACUCUAUUUAUACCUUGACAAGUUUUGUACUAGGAGGGUCAAUAGCUUUCCGGGGAUAUGUGAUUUUUGGAAAUGAAAUAUUAUUUUAUUGUUUGUUUGUUAUAAUUGCAGCAAGAGCCCACGAGUGAUGACUGUUGGGUUACUCUUUAAAAUAGAGGAAUUGGUGUUGUUCAAAGGGAUAUCAGUUCUAAGGACAUACUUCAUAUGAGUUGUAAUGCAACAAAAUUCCUUAAAUGGUUGGCCUACUUUGUCUUA